AUGGAGGAGUCAACUGGUGCUCUGAAAUACAUGAAAACAAUGAUUAGUGUUAAUCAACACAAUAGCUCACAGAUAGACACAGUACGACCAUUCCCCUUGAAUCUCAACAAGAACUCUAUGAUCUCGCGCAUCACGGCCGAUGCCUGGAUUAUGCUCGGGACCUGUCUAGGUCACAUGAGGAGAUCUUACUGGCUGGAGCGCAGCCAGGCCGUGGACAGAGUAGGCUCUAGAACUCCUCGCCUACUUAACAACGCCUGGUCACGGACUGCCUCUUCAGAUCUGGAUGGCUUUAUCCCACCGGCUCCUCCCAUGCAAGCACCAGAACUUCCAUUACCAGAAGCAAACCCCUGGAGAAGGGACUACCCACAGGAAGGCCGAGGUCGGCAGAUGGACGCUUAUGUUGAUGACUUGUUUGAGCCAGUGCUGGAUAAUGGACCUCCGGAUGCAGAGCGAGUGGCCCAGCUAAACCGCAGAAUGAGAGGAGCAGGAGGAGUCGGACCAAUGCGCAAUGGACUUUAUGGAGCAGGUGUACCUAUGUCAAUGCCUACUUAUCCAAUGGGAGCACCAGUGACUCCCUCCAUGCCUGUCUACGGCACCAACCCGAUGAUGCCAACCAUGCCAGCUAUGAUGAUGCCACCGAGCCCAGCGAUGAACCCGAUGAUGAACCCUAUGAUGAAUCCGAUGAUGCCCCCUCCCAUAGCGGACCCCAUGCAGAUGGCAGCCACUCAACAGGCCCUUAUCAACCAACAAGCUGUUCUUAUGGCUCAGCAGAUGACCAUGCAGGCCAUGACUCUAUCCCAGCAGCAGCAACAGGAGAUGCAGAAGAAACAACAGCGCCAAAGAGGGCUGAGAGAAGAGAGAGAAGAGAGAGAGGAGCGGGAAGAAAGGGAGGAGAGAGAAGAGGAGGAGAGGAGAAGGAAGAGACGCUCUCAGCGCAAACCCAAAGAGCGCUCCAGAUCACCAUCUCCACCGCGCUCCCCUCCAUCUUCCCCUAAAAACAAAACAACAGCUGUCAAACGCACCACCAGUGUCAAGAGGCCUGAGCCAGAGCCAGAGACAGAAGUAGACUUACCUGACCCUGAAGACCUGCAGUCAGUCCGAGACAAGUUGGAGUUCUUUGAGAAAAUUGGAGAAAACGGUGUGAAACAGCGCCCAGUGUCUCCCUUGUGCCCCUCUUCCUCCUCCCCACCUGUGAGACAACAUCACUCUCCACCCCGGUCCACUCCCUCUCCUCCCCCUGUCAAACCCAAACCUAAAGCAAAGAGCCCAAAGCCUGCUCCUGCCAAAGAAGACAGCACACCCAAACCAAGCCCUUUGACCCAACCACGCCCUGAACCCACCUCAAACAUCAGAGAAAUCAUCAAACAGUACAACAGCCGUCCUGCUCCUGCGCCAGUGUCCAUCCAGCCUGCCAGACCAAGUAAAAAGCAAUUUGUGAAGAAGACUGACCCUAAACAGGAAGCUCUGGAUAAACUAAGAAAUAAGUCCCCAGCUAAAGAACAAAAGAAACAGUGGACCCCUCUACCUCCUCCCGUCAAGGCUAAACCGGCCCCACCUCCUCCCAGGGCCCCCUCCCCACCACGCUCUCCUGUGUCCACUAGGGGGCGAAGAGCCAUUUCUAACAACAUGAGGCAGAAACAGCGCCCUUUGGAAGAGCUGUUCAGUUCCCAGCGCUCAAAGCAGGCACCUCCUCCACCUCCACCUGAAAUGCCUCCCCCUCCACCUCAAGCCCCUCCUCCUCCACGUGAAGCUCCUCCCCCUCCACCUGAGCCUGCACCUUUUUUUUACAGCAUCCCGGACCCCCCGGAAUUAGCCGCUCCCACUCUCAUUGAAGAUGAUGAAGGUCUUUCCUCUCGGUUACAUCGCUUCCUCCCUCAGAACUACCUCUCCUACGCCAGAGUCCCUGGCAAGUUGUUCCUACGUAAAGAGGUGUUUUAUCCUAGAGAGCUGUUUAACCGGGCCUACGUUCUCAAUCUUCUGUGUGAACAGAUCAUGAGAGACACGUACUCAGACAGCUGCCUCCGGAUCAGCCGAGAAGAGAGGAGGAAAAUGAAAGAUCUACUUGCAAACUUCAGUGUUGGCACAACAAUAAGCACGAUCCAGGAUGACUUCAUGAAGAAGAGAAUUGUCAUUGCGGCUCGAGACAACUGGGAGAACUAUUUCAGCAGAUUAUUUCCUGUCAAGGUGGGCAGUCAAGAUGCACAGAUUUUAGGAGUGACCCAUCGAGGGAUCCGCCUCCUCAAGGUGGUCCGUGCCUCGGGUAUCAACCCCAAACACCUCCGACUUCUUCGUAGCUACAGUUUUGCAGAGAUGAUGUCUGUAGAGCUCAGAGGUCCAGAAAAAGUGGAGGUGGAGCUGAAAAACGAGAACAUGGUGCUUCAGUCUACCAGGGCUCCUCAAAUCUCUGCCAUGAUCAGGCACUUCCUACAUGAACUCAUCCAGGGCUCAGGUCACGUGGUGGCACUGAAGAGUCACAUAACAGAUGACAAAAGCAUGCUCAGCUUCACCAGAGGAGAUGUCAUCAGACUGCAGGCGGUAGAAGGACUCCAGACAGGCUGGAUGUUUGGUUCCACCGGGGGGCGCUCUGGUCUGUUCCCAGUUGAACUCACUCAACCUUCUGCUGCUCCGGACUACCACGGUCUGCACCUGGACCGAAGAGAUGAGAGGAGGAAAAGCAUGAGGAGCAUGAGGCCUCCCCCAGG